AUGUUAUUGAAGAGCAAGGCCACUCUCCCAACGAGACUUUCCAGCGCGCAUGCUAUGCCUGAGAAGAGCAUGGCGUUGGCGGCGGAGGAUGACAUCACCUUUAGUGGGCUAAGGGCCGACGUUUGGGUCUUUGACAGUUCAGAGAAUCCAAAGGAGAUCAGUGAUUUGGUGGAUAACGCGAGUCCGCUGGCCGAUGCAGACGGGAUAGUGAAGCUCGUGGCCGGGGAGGAGGCUACUGAGGAACAUGGGCCCCGUGCCCUAGAGAAUGUCGACGAGGGCGAGCUUCCAGCUUGUGAGGACGACCUCGAACGGCUGCUGGAGGAGCGGGUUUCGAUGUGGAUAUACAGAGGUCUUUUUGCAUUGGAGCCCAAGCCGGUAUGGGAGGGCCUCCCAGAUGAUACCGAGCUUCUCUGGUGUGUCAAUGGUACCCCUGACCGCUGUGAGGAAGCUCUCGCGCCACGAGAUCCGGUGUAUAUUGGACGUGGUGCCAUGCUAGGUGCGGAAUCCGAUCCUGGAGGUGGCGCCGCGGGCUGA